AGCACUGUGGAAGGUACAGUUUCCCUUCUCUAAGUUUGUAUAGGUGUUCUGUGGAGUUAUCAAGUGACUUAUCAGAAGGCACGACAUCGCGCAUGGCAUUAAGCUGUAACUGGCUUCAGUCCCACGAAGCAUGACCCGUGUGGCACCCCGAGAAUGGCAUUACAGUUUAAUGCAUAUGACCUUGCAUAUGACCUCCUGGAAGCAAAGGCAAGUGUGAGCAUUGAACGUUCGUUCGGACUUGCGGGUGUUGUGCACGAAUUCGUGCGUGGCUCUACAUCCACGAAACUCUGCGACACAUUGCACUGAAAUUGCAACGCUGUCAUGUUGAACAACUGGACCUUUGUCGGAGUAUCCGGCAUCACGAACGGCGGCAAGACGUCGCUUUUAAAAUACCUCCAAAAGGUGAUACCUGACUGCGUGGUGUUGCACCAGGACGACUUUUUCCGCUCAGAGUUCGACGAAAAUCACGUGAUGAUACCAGAACUGAACCACGCCAACUGGGAGGCACUGUCAAGCGUCGACUGGGAGAAAAUGCAGGACGCCAUCACGGCUUGCACGUCGCAGCAGCCAGCAGGACAGAAAUUGAUGAUAAUCGACGGUCACAUUAUAUUCAAUCAUCCGAGGCUAGCCAAGCUAUUCGACAAGCGCUACUUCCUUACACUUACGCGAGAAGAGUGCUACGCUAGGCGUUUGACUCGUACUUAUGAGCCGCCCGACGUGCCCGGAUACUUCGAGAAAGUCGUCUGGCCCAUGUAUCUUAAGAACUUGCAGGAAGUCAAGGACACCCAGCCUGACAUCACCUAUCUGGACGGAACCGAAGACAUGGACAUACUUCACAAGAAAGUGCUGGAAGACUUGCAAAAAUUUUUGAAAGGUCGCAGCGAUAUUCACAGAAGCUUGAAUCCGUAAUUUUCUUAUCUCUGAGCAUGAUUGAAGUAAUUUCUAGCGAGAGUGUGACAACACAUUCUAAAAUGCUUUCCUACGCACACAGUAUGCACGUCAUGUUGAGAAUAUACAUGUUGAGAGAUAUUGUGUAGAGUAUGCAUGUUAUAUAUGCUGUGAUAUAUUGUGUAGACAUUUGUGUUUGGCAGCACCAUUUCAAGACUAGCACUAUAUCAAUAUUUGCGGUAGUAGUCGUCGGUAGGUCAAACCAGCGCCUGUUUAAACACAGGUUGCACCCAUUCGUUUUCUCUUUAUGUGAACACUACAGGCCAAUUUUAGCUACUUGGUUAAAAUGAAACUUUUUUUACUACUCGUAUUUGUACUUGUAAUGUAACAUCUAUAUGUGACCACAAGCAGAGCAUUGAAUAUGAUACUUCAUGAUUUAUUAGGGAUGUUUGGGAACUAGCUUAAACUGAUGGAUAAAGAAAUGCACAAUUGUGUACAUCCAAUCUACACGAAAUUUGCUUCGUUUCAGCCAAGCAGUACAAAGAUAACUUGCCCAUAGUGAUGCCUGCUCCUUAAUAUUGAAGUCCUCAAUAAAAUUUUUAACACAGUGAACCCAGGAACCUUUGUGUGCCCCAAAACAAACAUGGUAAUAUUUAAUCGGAGCUAUCAUAUGUUGCUAACACUGUCACAAUGCACCGCUUCAUUCUUUCGUAAAUUGUGGUACAAGUGGUGAAUAGUGCGGGGAUGCACGACUCUAGCGCGUGCCCCGACCUUUUCCUUGCAUGGUUCUCACGUCUCCUGUAAUCUGGCAUCUUCGCGUAACUAUGUGUCGGCGCCAGUCAGUGUGGUUGCAGCAUAUUAUGAGAUGGUGAAAGUGUUGGGCUGCUAACACCACCUAAUGGAAGGGUUACUGGGCCACGAAAGGGAGUAGGCGCUUGCUCUUUUGCUUGGGGUCGGCAAGCCACACAGACGUUUCGUGUGUGUGCCGGCACACUUUGCAGGACCAUUCAUGUGACUGUACACAUAAAUGAUUAAGUGCUGGUGUUGAGCUUAGGGGUGAACAUAUUCACUAGCUAUCCGGUCACGGUGAGUCCUACUACCUAGAUUUGUCACACGCCCAUCAGCAUGUUCUAUGGUUAGUACUAAUACGGCUAGCAGGCAUUAGUGUAUGAAAGGUGCAAUACAUUCUUUCUUGAUUGUU